AUUCCUUGGUUUCAUAUAACACGGACGGCCGAUCUCUUCGCCUGCAAUUAGUCACAAAACCUACGGAAAGAGAAAGAGAAAGAGAGAGAAGAGGAACACAGACAGACAUGGCGGCAACUGUGAGCGCUUGGGCAAAACCUGGCGCCUGGGCUUUGGAUUCCGAGGAGAACGAAGACGAGCUUCUGCAGCAGGGAAAGGAAGACGCCGCUAACGCCGAUGCGCCGCUUUCCGACUUCCCUUCCCUGGCCGCCGCCGCCGCCACCAAGACUAAGAAGAAGAAGCCUCAGAUCUUUUCUCUACAGGAGUUCUCCACUUACGGAUCGGCUAAGCAGCCUCAGCCUCAAUCCGUGGGGCUUACUCCCGAGGAGAUCAUGGCGCUCCCCACCGGCCCUCGCGAGCGAACUGCUGAGGAGCUUGACCGCUCCAGGCUUGGCGGCGGUUUUAGAUCCUACGGUUCUUCGUACGACAGGCCUGCUCGCGACGACUCGCGUAGGCCGAGGGACUCCAAUCGGGACUUCGCUCCUUCUCGCGCUGACGAGACUGAUGACUGGGGAGCAACCAAGAAAUUUACAGCGGGUAACGGUUUUGAGAGGAGGGAAAGGGGGGAGAGAGGAGGGUUUUUCUCCGAUUCGCAGUCUAGGGCUGAUGAUUCUGAUAAUUGGGCCGCGAAAAAGGCUUUCGUUCCAUCCGAGGGAAGGAGGUUUGAAAGGAGAGGCAGUUUUGAGUCAAAUGGCGGCGGGGGAGAUUCAGAUAACUGGACCAAGAAGAAAGAAGAGGAGGGAUGGAAAUCCAGGUCCGAAGGCGGCGCAUUUGAUAGCUUAAGAGAGAAGAGACGUAGUAAUGGAACGGAUUCAGAUUCUUGGGGGAAGAAAGGAGAGGAAGGAAAUGGUGGUGGUAAUUCUUCAAGGCCAAGGUUGAAUUUGCAGCCCAGGACAUUGCCCUUAGCUGAAGGGCAGCAGAAUGGGAAUGGGAAUGGGAAUGAAACCACAGUGAAACCCAAGGGGUCGAAUCCCUUCGGGGAUGCUAGGCCGAGGGAAGAAGUUCUGAAGGAGAAGGGGCAGGACUGGAAGGAGAUUGACCAAAAGCUAGAGUCUGUAAAGAUCAAGGAGGUUGGUGAUGCUCCUUCUUCAUUCAGAAAGAAGGGCUUUGGGAGUAGUAAUGGACGUUCCCGCUCUCCAGAGAAGACCUGGAGGAAGCCGGAGGUGAAUGAUGCUCCUCCUCGGCCUUCCAGUUCCAGUGCUGAUAAAAGCGGGGAAAAGCCUGUGGAUGAAAGUGGAGAUGCUGAAUGCGGACACAAUGAGCAAGAAAAUUAGUGUUACUAUAAAGUUUUGAGGCGGCAGACCAAUGGAUGAUGUAUUGCUUCGUUUCUGUGUUUUGCGUUCUUUAUAAUUUAUAUAUACCUUUGUCUUGUCCCAAAUUCAUGUCCUUGUGAUUGGAAGAGAUUGAAUCAAUUUUGGUAGAACUACAAGUAGAGACACCACUAUUUCAUGGCUACAAAGCUUAUCUUUUGUGGUUGUGGGUGGAGUUGAUUAAUGAUUUUGGAUGGAUUGAUUGAUUGGUCCCUUAUUUAACUCAGUUUUUAGGUUCAUAGUUGAGUACUUCAACUGUUUCCUCCCCAUCUAAAGCCUUGUUCCUUUCUCCUUGUGAAAACCACUACUCUUACUUAGUAGCCUUCUUUUCUCUUAUAUUAUGCAAUUUUGCCAAAAUGAUCAACAA